AUGAAACAAGCUAAAGAAAAGGCGGCGUCGCAAGCAGAGGAGCGCAAGACGUUACAGAAGCAGCUCAGAAAUAAUGCGAUUGCUAAACAGAAAGAGUUCAACUCCCUCGUGAAGGAAAAGAACAGUUUCACGAGGCGGAAUCGUGCAGAAGUUGAAUUUUAUCGAAGAAAACCGAGAUGGAAUUAA